CAGUUAUAAUAGUACAUUCAUAGAAGUAGGAACACCUAGGAGCAAGUUCUAUUCAAAAUCUGAAUAAUUUAGGUCGAAUUUUCUAAUUUUUUAGUACUGAGAAAAGAUGGAGUCGUCUGUCCAGGUGCCCAAGGAGCUGGAAGCGCUGCUGAGCUGCGGACUGUGUCGUCGUCCAUUUGAUCUGGCCACCGGGCUGCUGCCCAAGGAGCUGGUCUGCCAGCACAGCUUCUGCGAGGAGUGCGUGCUCAGAAGCACAGUCCAGGAAUCCACCGAGUGCAUCUGUCGUCUGUGCGGAGUUCGCACUAAGCUGCAGGGCCACAAGCUGCCCGAACCUUUGGCCAUCAUGUUUCUACUCCGUGAACUUCCCGCCUUGGCUUUGGGCAGGGCCAUGUUGGAUUUCUCCAAGAGGAGCAACAGCAGCAACCCCUGCACCAUUGAUAAUUCUGGCGAAGAUCCCAAGGAUUCGCCUUCGGACAACUGGUUGGACGAGAUCUGCGUGGACAGCUUUCUGGCCAGCAGCGCCGAGCACUGCUUCAUCCAUGCCAUGCCCAACUCCACUUGGUGCCACAAUUGCCAGCGUUUGUUAUGUCGCGCCUGCUCCGAUGUCCCACUGCAUCGGGAACAUCGCAUGGUCCGCCAGUUGGACUACCAUGACGUGCUGCGCCAGCUGCUCACCUCGGAGCUGGUCAAGAUCAAGCGCACGGUAACUCAAUCCUCCGAAUUGGCCUCUCGCGAAAUGAUUUUACUGCGCGAGCUGUGCGAAGCCUGCUACCACGUCCAACUGCACAUAAAGCGGGUGAUCUUGGAGCACCAUCCCUCCAUCGUGUCGGCCAAAAUGGUGGGUUGGCAUCAGCGCGCCGAGCUGGAUUUAAGUCAAGCCGGCAGAAAUCUCACCGGAGCCAAAAUGAUGCAACUGCUCACCCAGUUGGUCCAGCAGCGGCGCAAGUUCGAGCGCCUGUUGAUGGAGAUUCACUUCCAGUGCCGGAUGCGGGCUGCAGUCCAGGAAAACGGCAUGCAGGUUCUGGAUUUCGAGCAGCUCAAUGCCAGGCUCCUGCGGCUGACCAGGGAUCCUAUCCCUAAGGAAGCCCCCGCCAAUGUGGAACCACCGCGGGCCCUUAUCCUCACCAACUACUGCGUGUUUGCCUACUGGACCGAAGUGCAACGCUUGAUGAUGCCUCCACGCCCCAAGACUCCGUCGCCGGAGCCAGAGUUGCUGCCGCUAUCCCGGCGAGCGGUGGCGCCACCGCGUUUCAAUUACCGCCAGCGAGAGGCAGAGGUGAGGCUUCACAUGCAGCACGUUGAAUUGGAUCAGAAUGAGGCAUUAGGCCGCCAAGCGGAGGAGGAAUCCUUCGGCACCGGCUCCGGCUCCUCCUCGCAGAGCAGCAGCAAUAGCAACAGUCAGAGCAGUUUCUCCUCGCUCCAAGGCAACUCCACGGCUCCGCAGCAGACCACCCAUUAUGUCCUGGACACGGAGCACUUCCAGAGAGUGGUGCAAUAUCGCGAAAUGGUGUGGCAGGAGCAGCAGCAGUGGCAGAUGCAGCAGUAUCUGCAGCAGCCAAACUACCAAAUGGUCCAACCGGGAGCCUCAUGGGCCAACUGGGAGGAGCAGUGGUGGCAGCAGCAGUACCAGCACCAGCAGCAGCCGCAGAUCUUCAGCCAGCAGAGCCAGGAGUAUUACCAGGAAGGCACUCCAUAUUCCCCGGUAAGCAUUGUCCGGCAGCCCUCCGCUCACUGUUAUCCCAUCUACUUUCUGGACAUGGAAAUAGCAGGCCAACUGGCCGGACGGGUACUAAUCGAGGUGAGAUCGGAUGCCGCUCCCCGCAUGGCGAAGAACUUUGGAGCCCUAGUGCGGCAUGACCGGGGCUACGGCUACCGGGGCUGCAGCGUCUUCCAGGCCUGGGGAGGCGAGAGCAUAAUCACCGGUGAUUUUGAGUCGCACAACGGACGCGGGGGCCACUCGGCCUUCGAGGAUCGCUACUUCAUGCCGGACGACACGGGCUUGCCGCCACAUCGGGGAACAGUUGGCAUGCGUAGGGGACAGCGGCGACAGGACAGGAGUGGCUUCGUGGGCAGCCAGUUCCGGUUGAUCCUCAACGAGAUGCGCUCCUUUACGGCCAUCUUUGCGCACAUAGUCCAGGGCAUAGAACUGGUGGACCGGAUUGCGGCCAGUGGCAAUGCCCUGGGACGCCCGGCACUCAGAAGCAUCAUCCGGGAUUGCGGCGAAUACCAUUCCAAUCAAUAAAUCCAGGUCCUCUUCAAAAUCCAACAAACCCUAACCACCAAGCAACAAACCCUCCCGAAGAAACUACAAAUGUAGUUGUUAUCGUAAAUGUACAACUGUCCCCGAUAUCUACUAUAUCUAUACAACUCUUGGUAUUCUACUGAUCUUGGUACGAAUUUUUGUAGAAAUAAUGAAUAAACUUCCCUGUCUGAAUCGUCAAA